UGAAAUGAUACGUCAUAGUAAACAUGGCGGAAUAGUGUGCGCGAGGGUCUCGCUUGUCCCCUUCUGCAAAUUCUAGGUUUUUGACAUCUAAUAAUGGGUUAUUUUUUCACCUGACGACUCUUAAUAAUAUCAGGUUAACAUGUUUCGGCGGUCAAGAUUAUCGAUUAGGCCUAAUGUGGGUACCAUUGGAAGAACAGCUGGUGCACACCAGGAGCUCCCUUUAUCAAAUAAGGACACCGAUAACACCAACAGUCAAGCUGAGUCUCCUGUUUCUGUGACUGACACCAAAUCUGCUCAUGCCCAGAAUGAGUCAACUCCAGGAGAUUCAAAUGACCAAAGUGGAGAUGGUUCGUGUUCAUCUGCAAUUCACAGGAGAAAGAGGUUUUCUGUCAAGCCUAAAGUAGUACCAGGUCGCCCAUCUGCUCUUCCUCGAACUCCCAAGUGUCCAGUCAAACCAGUGCUUCCUCUUGUCAAGAGUCCAGCACCAGUCAUUGACAAAGCAGCAGCUACAAUUGAAACUAACUCUACUACACCUGAUCAAGAAAUAUUGUCCCCAAAGGAAUGCAUAUUGUUCAAGACUGAUACUAUUUCACCAGCUGAAGACUCAAGCAAAGAUGUACACCAGCCCGUUGACACUGGAAAAAUACAGCCAUGCAGCCAAGUGAAAGAAAUAUCUCCCAAAGCUUCAGUCCCUCCAUCUAUACCUGAUAGAGAAACAACUGAAAUAUCAGAGAAAGCCAAAACUCUUGUGUCUAAAACUGAUCUUACAUCAUCUUCACAACAGUUUUCUCUGAGUCAGCUCCUCAAUGAUAAAUCUGAUUUGGUAAGACUGGAAAAGGCACGGAAACUCAGACAAUUGCUAAAAGAAGAGAUGCUGAAAGGGAUACCACUUUGA